UCCCCGCUCUUUUUUUUUUUUUUUUUCCUCCCCGUCGGGAUUGCUGUUUCCAUCCAUGUGCUUGCGUCUCCCCCGCGUUCCACUUAAACUAUUUUAAUUCUUGGACCCAAGGAGGAGGCUGAUAGGGGGGUGGAUUCAAAAAAAAAAAAAAAAAAAAGUUCUUCCAAAAUAGUGUGCCCGGGGAGCAGGAUGGGGGAUUUCGCAGCCCCCGCCGCUGCCGCGAAUGGCAGUAGUAUCUGCAUCAACAGUAGCCUGAGCGGCGGCCUCGGCGGGGCCGGGAUCGCGGUGAACAAUCCUCCCAAUAGUUCUCCCGCCGCUCCGAGCAGCAACCACCCCGCGGCCGGCGGCGGCUCCGGGGGCCCCGGCGGUCCCGGCGGUCCCGGCGGUCCCGGCGGCGGCUCGGCGGCCGUGCCCAAGCACAGCACCGUGGUGGAGCGGCUCCGCCAGCGCAUCGAGGGCUGCCGGCGGCACCACGUCAACUGCGAGAACAGGUACCAGCAGGCUCAGGUGGAGCAGCUGGAGCUGGAGCGCCGGGACACCGUGAGCCUGUACCAGCGGACCCUGGAGCAGAGGGCCAAGAAGUCGGGCGCCGGCGCGGGCAAGCAGCCGCUCCAGAGCAAACCCCAGCAGGAUGCGGAGGCGGCCUCGGCGGAGCAGAGGAACCACACGCUGAUCAUGCUCCAGGAGACUGUGAAAAGGAAGUUGGAAGGAGCCCGAUCACCGCUGAACGGAGACCAGCAGAAUGGUGCUUGCGACGGGAGUUUUUCUCCAACUAGCAAGAGAAUACGCAAGGACAUUCCUACAGGAAUGGAAACCAUCAACAUGCCACUGCCUUCAGCUUCUCCUCUUCACCAACUUGACCUGAAGCCCUCGUUGCCCUUGCAGAAUAGUGGAACUCACACUCCUGGGCUUCUAGAAGAUCUGAGUAAGAAUGGUAGGCUUCCAGAGAUCAAACUCCCUGUCAAUGGUUGCAGUGACCUGGAGGACAGCUUCACCAUCCUGCAGAGCAAGGAGCUCAAACAAGAACCUCUAGACGACCCUACUUGCAUAGACACAUCAGAAACAUCUCUUUCGAAUCAGAACAAGCUGUUCUCGGACAUCAACCUGAACGAUCAGGAGUGGCAAGAAUUAAUAGAUGAGUUGGCCAACACGGUCCCCGAAGAUGACAUACAGGACCUGUUCAACGAAGACUUUGAAGAGAAGAAGGAGCCCGAAUUCUCACAGCCGGCGACGGAGACCCCCCUCUCCCAGGAGAGUGCGAGUGUGAAGAGCGACCCCUCUCACUCUCCUUUUGCACACGUCUCCAUGGGAUCCCCCCAGGCCAGGCCUUCCUCUUCUGGCCCUCCCUUUUCUACCGUCUCCACGGCCACUAGUUUACCUUCGGUUGCCAGCACUCCCGCAGCUCUGAACCCCGCCAGCUCACCAGCAAACUGUGCCGUCCAGUCCCCUCAGACUCCGAACCAAGGCCACACACCAGGCCAGGCUCCACCUCGGCCUGGAAACGGCUAUCUCCUUAAUCCCGCAGCAGUGACCGUGGCCGGUUCCGCGUCGGGCCCGGUGGCAGUGGCCGGCUCCGACAUGUCCCCGGCGGAGCAGCUCAAGCAGAUGGCUGCACAGCAGCAGCAAAGGGCCAAACUCAUGCAACAGAAGCAGCAGCAGCAGCAGCAGCAGCAGCACUCGAACCAGACUUCCAGUUGGUCUCCCUUAGGGCCCCCGUCCAGCCCCUACGGAGCAGCUUUCGCUGCGGAAAAACCAAAUAGCCCAAUGAUGUACCCCCAAGCCUUUAACAACCAAAACCCCAUAGUGCCUCCCAUGGCAAACAACCUGCAGAAGACGACAAUGAAUAACUACCUCCCUCAGAACCACAUGAAUAUGAUCAAUCAGCAGCCAAAUAACUUGGGUACAAACUCCUUGAACAAGCAGCACAAUAUUCUCACUUACGGCAACACUAAGCCUCUGACCCAUUUCAACGCAGACUUGAGUCAGAGGAUGACCCCCCCGAUGGCCAACCCCAACAAGAACCCGUUGAUGCCCUACAUCCAGCCGCCACCGCCGCAGCCACCGCCGCUGCAGGCCCCCAGGGCGCACCUGAGCGAGGAGCAGAAGCGCAUGCUUCUCCUGAAGCAGAAGGCCACGAUGCCCCAGCCCAUGGCCUACGCCGCGCUCCCGUCCCACGGUCAGGAGCAGCACCCAGUUGGACUUCCCCGGACCACAGGCUCCAUGCAGUCCUCGGUGCCCCCGGGCUCGGGCGGCAUGGUCUCCGGAGCCAGUCCUGCGGGUCCUGGCUUCCUCAGCAGCCAGCCCCAGGCUGCCAUCAUGAAGCAGAUGCUCAUUGACCAGCGGGCCCAGUUGAUGGAGCAGCAGAAGCAACAGUUCCUGCGGGAGCAAAGGCAGCAGCAGCAGCAGCAACAGCAGCAGCAGCAGCAGCAACAGCAACAGCAGCAGCAGCAGCAGCAGCAGAUUCUGGCCGAGCAGCAGCUGCAGCAGACACACCUGCCCCGCCAGCACCUCCAGCAGCAGCGGAGCCCGUACCCAGUGCAGCAGGUCAAUCAGUUCCAAGGUUCUCCCCAGGAUAUAGCAGCCGUGAGAAGCCAGGCAGCCCUCCAGAGCAUUCGAACGUCGCGGUUGAUGGCACAGAACGCAGGCAUGAUGGGCAUGGGGCCCUCGCAGAACCCGGGGACCAUGGGCACGGCCCCAGCCCAGUCGGAGAUGGGACUGGCCCCUUACAGCAACCCGCCUACCAGCCAGCCGGGAAUGUACAACAUGAGCACAGGAAUGACCCAAAUGUUGCAGCACCCAAACCAAAGUGGCAUGGGCAUCGCACACAGCCAAGCCCAGGGGACAAGGCCGCCCGCCUCCGGGCCAGGGGUGGGCAUGGUGAGUGGUUUUGGGCAGAGCAUGCUGGUGAACUCGGCCAUCGCCCAGCAGCACCCGCAGAUGAAGGGGCCGGUGAGCCAGGCCCUGCCGAGGCCCCAGGGCCCGCCCCGGCUGCAGGGCAUCCUGGGGACCGUCCAGCAGGGGACGCAGAGCUGGCAGCAGAGGAGCUUGCAGGGGGUGCCCGGGAGGACUAGUGGGGACCUGGGCUCCUUCAACAACGGCGCCGGCUACCCGCUGCAGGCUGGCCAGCCGCGGCUGAGCAAGCAGCACUUCCCGCAGGCGCUGGGCCCUGUGGUGGACGCGGCCGCGGGUGCCCCCAGGCCCCUCGCCCCGGCGGCCGCGGGUCGGCAGGUGAUGCCCGCGCUCCCGGGGCAGCAGGGCGGCGGCCAGGCCAGGCCGAUGCUCCUGUCUGGCCUGGGCCAGGGGGUGCCCGGGCUGCCGCCAUUCGGCCCGCCCCCGGCGCCGCAGCAGGUGCCCAGCGGCGGCUUCGGCCCGGGCCAGGCCUACGAGCGGAACCCCCCGCAGGACGGGCCCUACGGCUUCGGCGGCGACGCGGCCACCGCUCCGUUCCCCGGGCUCCCCGACGGCGCGGACCUCGUGGACUCCAUCAUCAAAGCGGGGCCGGGGGAUGAGUGGAUGCAGGAGCUCGACGAGCUGUUCGGGAACCCCUAGCCGGGGAGCCCCAGGAGCCCGCGCGUGACAGGGAAACAGGCUGUCGAGCCGGCCCCGGUUUUGUUUCGUCGACCCCGUAAACUGAGCAGAACUGCAGCCGGCCGACCCGGAGAGCGCCGGGUGCCGCGCUGGG